UGUUGUGUCCAUAGUUUACACCAGAGUCUACCAAAACACACUUUACUAAGCACAAAUUCCAUACAACAACAACCUUAAUUUGAAGUUGAAGAACAUAACAUUCACACAUGUCACUCCUCCAACUCAAACUAACCCCUAAUGCAUUCACACCUUCCUCUCAUAGAUUCAGACCAAACAGAAGAACACUCUUCACAAGAACCAAAAUUAGAGCAGUUAGCACAGUCCCUGACAAGAAUUCAGAAACCAUUGAAUCUAAUAAUAAUGAACCACCCUCAGUAGGCUUUGCAUUUGUCAGUUCAGUGUUGCUACCAGAUGGAUCACCAGAUGUGCACUAUCGUUCUGCUAGUGGUGGUCAGAAGCUUAGGAACAUAAUGCUGGAUUCUAAUAUUGAACUCUAUGGACCCUAUGGUAGAAUUUUGUUAAAUUGUGGAGGGGGUGGAACUUGUGCAACAUGUAUGGUAGAGGUUCUUGAAGGCAAGGAGCUUCUGAAUCCUCGAACCGACAAAGAGAAAGAAAAAUUAAAGAGAAAACCAAAGAAUUGGAGAUUAGCUUGUCAAACAGUUGUUGGUGAAGCAGAUUCUACAGGGGUGGUUGUGAUUCAACAAUUACCUGAGUGGAAAGGACAUGAAUGGAAAUAUGAAAAAGUUGAUGAUGAGUCAGAAGAGUCUUCAUGAGGAAAAUCUUGAAGAUUAUAUUUGAUACUUGUAACUAGAAGUUGUAUAUCUUUGUUAGAAUUUUCAUAUCUCAGUUCAUUUUUCUUGUCUUAUUUUUGGUUAAAAAAAUCACAUAUCUUUAAGAAA